CGCACAGCGUUUUGUUGCCGGCAGUUCGUAAAGUUUGUUUAGUUAUUUAUUGCGCUGUUUUUUAGCAUCAUGACGCAGGCAACAGGUGAUGCACGUGUGCCGGAUGAGGAGAGCGAUCUGCUGCAGAUCAAGCCGCUUGGUGCUGGGCAGGAAGUGGGACGCUCCUGCAUUAUGUUGGAGUUCAAGGGCAAGAAGAUCAUGCUGGACUGCGGAAUCCAUCCAGGAUUGUCUGGCAUGGAUGCCCUGCCCUAUGUGGAUCUGAUUGAAGCGGAUGAAAUUGAUCUGCUGUUUAUUUCACAUUUCCACCUGGAUCAUUGUGGCGCCUUACCUUGGUUCCUGAUGAAGACCAGCUUCAAGGGCCGCUGCUUCAUGACCCAUGCCACCAAAGCCAUCUAUCGCUGGAUGUUGUCGGAUUACAUCAAGAUCAGCAAUAUAUCCACCGAACAAAUGCUGUAUACUGAAGCCGAUCUGGAGGCAUCCAUGGAGAAGAUCGAGACAAUCAAUUUCCACGAGGAGCGAGACGUGAUGGGCGUGCGGUUUUGCGCUUAUAAUGCUGGACAUGUCUUGGGAGCUGCCAUGUUCAUGAUCGAGAUUGCUGGCAUCAAAAUACUUUACACUGGUGAUUUUUCGCGUCAAGAGGAUCGUCAUUUAAUGGCAGCAGAGGUACCGCCCAUGAAGCCGGAUGUCCUAAUCACGGAGUCCACCUAUGGUACCCACAUCCACGAAAAACGCGAGGAUCGCGAAAACCGAUUCACCUCGCUGGUGCAGAAAAUUGUGCAGCAGGGCGGACGUUGCUUAAUUCCAGUAUUUGCCUUAGGUCGAGCCCAGGAACUAUUGCUUAUUCUGGAUGAAUUCUGGUCACAGAACCCGGAUCUGCACGAGAUACCCAUCUACUAUGCCUCCUCGUUGGCCAAAAAGUGCAUGGCUGUCUAUCAAACAUACAUUAAUGCCAUGAAUGAUCGCAUUCGACGGCAGAUAGCAGUAAACAAUCCCUUUGUUUUCCGGCACAUUUCCAACCUGAAAGGCAUCGAUCAUUUCGAGGACAUUGGACCUUGUGUGAUCAUGGCCUCGCCUGGUAUGAUGCAGUCAGGAUUAUCGCGAGAGCUCUUUGAGAGCUGGUGCACGGAUCCCAAGAACGGCGUGAUUAUUGCCGGUUACUGUGUGGAGGGUACUUUGGCCAAGACCAUUCUUUCCGAGCCGGAGGAGAUUACCACAUUGUCGGGCCAGAAGCUGCCGCUCAACAUGUCGGUGGACUACAUUUCUUUCUCGGCCCACACGGACUAUCAGCAGACCAGCGAAUUUAUCCGCUUGCUGAAACCCACGCAUGUGGUGCUCGUUCAUGGGGAGCAGAAUGAAAUGUCGCGUCUCAAGUUGGCCCUGCAGCGGGAAUACGAAGCAGAUGCCAGCACAGACAUAAAGUUUUACAACCCGCGCAACACACACGCUGUGGAUUUGUAUUUCCGUGGCGAAAAGACCGCCAAAGUGAUGGGAAGCCUUGCUGCAAAGAAUUCGGAGGUGGGAAGUAAACUGUCUGGCGUUUUAGUUAAACGUGACUUCAAGUACCACCUGUUAGCUCCCUCUGAUUUAGGCAAAUACACCGACAUGAGCAUGUCAGUAGUCACCCAGCGGCAGUCGAUUCCCUGGGGCAGCUCUUUAAGUACUCUAGAACUCCUGCUGGAUCGCAUUGGAGCAGGCUGUGUGGAGGUAUUGGAAGCGGAUAAAAAGCUGCGGGUCUUCGGCUGCAUUGAGUUAACUGUGGAGCAGAAAAUCAUUAUCAUGGAGUGGCAUGCGACUCAUGUAAACGAUGUCUACGCAGAUGCCGUUCUCGCCUGCAUCAUGCAAUCGGAACUGGGAGGAACGAAUUUGAAAGGUGCCACGAAGCAGACAAAGUCGGAGGACUCGCGAUUCCGGGAGUGCCUCAUCGAGACUCUGCAGGACACCUUUGGCGACAGCUGCGUGCCCAAAAUGUUUAAAGGUGAUCUGCUCCCGGUAAUGGUUAGCGGAAAACGAGCGGAGAUCAACCUGGAAACACUGGCUGUCAACUGCGCCGAGGACGAUGUCCUGCGGCAGAUGAUCAACACGACGGUACAAAAGCUAUACCAGACUCUAGUUUCGGCCCACUGAACACCACUGCCACCAAUAAUCCAAUACCAAUAAUCUUCUUGAGAGAAUGUUCUUUUUAUUGAUUGAUUCAAAAGGAAAAUAAUAUAGUAGACAAAAUCGAAAUGGCGAA